UGAAUUCAAAUGCUACGGUCAAUCCAAUUGCCAAAUAUAGUCUACUAGUCAGUCUGUGUCCACUCGAUCAUCACUACCUAUUAUAUUCAUCACAUCAGAUCAGAUCUGGAGAAAUUAUUAAACAAUAAUGGUUUGGAUUAAACAUUCUUCUUCAUCUUCUUCUUCUUCUGUUGUUACCACCUUCUCCAUACUUGUAUCGUUGUCUCUCCAUUUUCUUACUACUUUCUCUUCCUCCUCAUCUGCAGAUGAGGGUAGUGUGUUUGUUUCUCAGUAUUCCACUGGGACUGGGAUUGGGAGGAACCUCCUUCAGGCCAAGAUACCUUGUAACAAGAACUUUGAGUCUGAGAACUAUACCAUCCUCACCAGCCAAUGCAAAGCUCCAUACCAACAAAUACAGCCAUGUUGCGACGCCUUUACACAGUUUGCCUGUCCUUUUGCCCAAUUUUUGAAUGAUAGAUCUACCAACUGUUCCGAUGUGAUGUUCACCUACAUCGACCAAAAAGGAGGUUUCCCAAAUGGCCUUUUCACCGGUUGCAAAGGAGAUCAAACUGGCCUAAUUUGCCCUACACCACCACCUGAUUUAACUGCCGGAGUCACAGUGGGAUUGGGGGCACCCCCACCCAUUAUUCAAUUCCUGUUUUAUACUACAACCCUCGCUGUAACUUUUUUAUUUUUAAUCUCUUAAAUCAUUAUUAUUAUGUCAUGUGUAAUUCAUGAAUAUAUAUUCACAAGUCUAAUUAAAUCCCUUUAAAUUAUCAUAAA